CAGGGAACAAUCUCCUGACUGGCAGGGAGAGGCCCCUACAGAAGUACAUGGGUGUGGCAGUGAGAGGGGGUUAAGGCAGUGGUCAGUUGCCCACACCACCCACACGUCCACUACCAAUCAGGCGUGCAUGAACUGUGACAGUCAGACUGUGUAUUCUACUCUAUACCAUCAUCCAGUGAUGACACCCAAAGUGGUCAGAUCUCUUGGUAGAGAUCCACUGGAUGAGUACUUCCCAAGGUCAUCAGAUCAAGGCAGCCAACAAGCUUGUAUGAGAUGUGACACACCUACUGCCAUGGGUUACACGUUCCAUCAACCACUGAACCAUCCACAUCAACAUGGUACAGUCUUCUCUCCACAGAAUCGGGGGAACAUCACUGCGACGCCCUUAUCUGGGCAACAGACAGGAGGAUAUUCUCCUGGUGAUUACAAUAUGUACGCUACAGAUAGAAAUACAUGUAGUGUUGAUGAUAACACAAUGUUUUUAGUAAGUACUAACAAUAACAGAGUGUCGGGAUUCUCGGAUAACAACUACAACCCAAUGUAUGAUGUGUUACUGAAUGUUGGACAGCUACAGUUGUCCUCGUAUCGCAUGCAGACUCAUACCAGUGCUACGCGUUGUGAGCAGAGCUAUGGAGGUUUGGAUCAUGAUGUUGAUCGACAGUUUCUAGCUUCUCAGUAUCGGAGUGUGAAUAAUCAUGGGGAUUCAACAUUUGCAAAUCCACAGAAAUAUUAUCCAGCAGAACCGCAACAUAUGACACAUACUGCCUGUCGCACUCCUUACUCCACAGUAUCCCAUAGAACUCCUUACUCCACAGUAUCCCAUAGAACUCCUCCCAACAUCCUCCCCUGGCAGUUCUCCCUCAAUAAGGACUUCAGGUUAUGGAAUGUUAACCAUCUCCUGUUCAGCUCCUCUCCCGCAGACUCUCUUCAGAAUUUAGCAGAUGACAGCAACAGAUUUAGAAAUGAAGAAGCCAAUUCCAAUUCUUUGUUGAACUUAGGACUGAAACAAUACUUCAGACCUGGGAGGGAAACAACUCCGGUUCAAACCCCUAGCAGUUAUGUUGGUUAUGUUGGUAGCUCUACUGAUGAUGAUACUUGGUCGACAAGAACCACUCAGCACUCUGACACUGAAUCCCUCGAGUCAUUUGAAAGUGGCUCAUCUAUUCGACAAAUUGAUAUGACUGCCAGUGUCCUCUCUGAGUUCAGUCUGUAUGGCCCAGUGUCUCCAGAAAGUUUCCGAGGGGACACUCCACACCCAGAACUCUGGUCCUUUGAUUAGAAACCAGAAAAUGCCCCAUCUUUAU